UCAUCAACGAGAUCUUAAGAGACUACUAACGAGAAGUUCGGUUUCCAUUUUAUUUUUCAUUCAAAAUUCUCCAUUCAGUUAUCUCUGUAAUAUCUUUUCAAGCCAUCCAUAGGAAGUCAAAACUUUUGCCUGAUUACUUCCUUCUCGUCUGAUUUAGAACCAAAGUUGAAAAUAGAAAAAGAAGCUACCUGAGUAAGAACCUACCUUCACCAUCAUGGGGAACAUAUUCACCAAAUUGUUCCAGGGCCUCUUUGGCAAGAAGGAGAUGAGGAUCUUGAUGGUGGGGCUCGAUGCCGCCGGAAAAACUACCAUCCUGUACAAGUUGAAACUAGGAGAAAUUGUCACAACUAUUCCUACAAUUGGCUUCAAUGUAGAAACAGUAGAAUACAAGAACAUCAGCUUCACAGUGUGGGAUGUUGGGGGCCAGGACAAGAUCAGACCUCUCUGGAGGCAUUACUUUCAAAAUACACAAGGCUUAAUAUUUGUGGUGGACAGCAACGAUAGGGAGAGAGUGGGUGAGGCCAGGGAGGAGUUGAUGAGGAUGCUGGCAGAGGAUGAACUGAGGGAUGCCGUACUCCUUGUUUUCGCUAACAAACAGGACCUUCCAAACGCAAUGAAUGCAGCUGAGAUAACGGACAAGUUGGGCCUGCACUCACUUCGCCAGAGGAACUGGUACAUACAAGCGACGUGUGCUACGAGUGGAGACGGGCUGUACGAGGGCCUUGACUGGCUCUCCAACCAACUCAAAAAUCAGAAAUAAUUUCUUUUAGGCUGCUAGUGAAUGAAUGAUUGGUUGGUUGGUUGAUUGAUUAGUUGGUUGAUUGAUUUGUUGGUUUAUUGAUUGGUUGAUCACAUUUUAUAUAAACAACAUUAAUACUUACUUAUUUAACUAUAUUAUUACAAGCUAUAUAUUCAUCUGACGCUAAUUUGUUUAUAUUAAUUAUUUAUUUAUUCGUCUUGUUAUUUUAUUAUUUUGGUUAUAAUUAUAAGAAUAUUAUUGUUAUUAUUAUUAUUUGAUGAUUGACAAAGAUCUAAUGAUAAGAAUUUAUCUUUUAUUAUUAUUGAAAUAAUGAUAUAGCAACAUUAUGAUUGCAAAGCUUCUCCUCCAUUAACACAAUUUCUCCCGUUCACUUGUAUUCGUUUGUUCGUUCUUUCGUUCGUUCUUUCAUUUGUUGGUUAAUUGAUUGGUUGGUUGGUUGGUUAUUUGAUGAACUUGCCAGUGUAGAUUGAACGGCAGUGUCUUUAUAAAUGAAAAUUAUGAAAGCCAAGUUAGCAUUGAUGUUGACGUAACUGUCUUCAAUGAAAGAAAUAAAUCGAAUGAAAGAACGAAAGAGAUUGAAUGAAUAAAUGAAUAAUGGGAAGAAAGCAACUACUACUAGUAGUAUGUAGGCAAGUAUGUACGUACAAAUACCCACACACUCGUGCAUGGUAUGAAACCAGACUUGUAUCUCCGUAUGCAUAUUUGUGUCUGUCUUUGUGCAUGCAUUCGCAUUGCUCGUGAAUCUUCCGUCUUGUUUUGCUGGCUUGGUUGUAAUCAAAUUUAUCAAUAAUUUAAUUACAAUAUUUCUCCUAUCUUAAUAAAGAAGUGUCUCAAAGAUAUAUUUCAUUUAUAGUUUAUUAUGUAAACUAUAUAUUUAUAUAUAUAUCUAAUUUGUAGAAACAUUUGUAUGAUUUAUUUAUCUUUGUUAUAAAUAAAGCAUGGAUAGAAAGACGUU